AUGCCGCCCGCUUCCCGCCCCGCCGCCGCCUCCUCCGCUCCACCCGCGCCGCCCCGCCACCUCCGACGCCGCCUCCCGCUCAAAGCCACACUACCCACCGCCCCCGCUGCCGCCUCAGGCGCCGGCGCUGGCGCUGCCCGCCGCGGCGGUCCCGAGACCCCGCAUCUCCGUUGGGCCGCGCCUAGCGGCCAGGGCAAUGUCGGCGCGGAGAGGCCGCGCGGAGACCCGCUCUCCUCCUCCGUCAGGCGCCUGGCCGCGGCGGUGUGGCGGCUGCGGCCACCCGAGGAGGCACCCGCCGCUGGCCAGCAUGACGCCGCCUCCCGUGUCGGCCUCGAGCAUAUACCGAGACAUCUACAAACUCACCUUCUGAGCAAGAAUCCUCUUAGUUACCACCAUAGUCUGAAAAAAGACAUUUCAAGCCCCAACUCUGUCCUGGGGCCACAUAGUGGAGAGCUCCACAAGGUACACCUUCGUCUUUCCUCUGGUGUGGAGGAUGCAACAAAAUGGGAGCAUAUAAACAUAAAGAGCAUAGAACCAGAUGGUGCCUAUGUGAUUGCUAGCCGACUAAAUCUUGUUGAGGAACAGAAAGGGGGCAGCUAUGUUGCUAGCCUUGAGUUGGAGCUUCAGCAGGCGCAGGAUAGGGUGAGCAAGCUAGAAGCUGAGCGGCUUUCGGCCAAGAAGCAACUUGAUCACUUGUUCAAGAAACUCGCAGAGGAGAAAGCAGCUUGGCGGAACAGAGAGCACAAGAAAGUUCGAGCAAUUCUUGAAGAUAUGAAGGCUGAUCUGGAGCAUGAGAAAAAGAACCGGAGGCAGUUGGAGACUAUUAACUUCAAGCUUGUUGAUGAGUUGAAAGAGGUCAAAAUGGCCGUGAAGCAGCUAUUGCAGGAGUAUGACAGCGAGCAGAAGACACGGGAACUCACGGAGGAGGUGUGCAACAAGCUAGUGAGGGAGAUAGAGGAACACAAGGGUGAGCUGGAUGAGGAUAGGAAAUUGCUACAGAUGGCUGAGGUGUGGCGUGAGGAGCGAGUGCAGAUGAAACUUGUGGAUGCCAAACUCACUCUUGAGGCCAAAUAUGAACAGUUGAGCAAACUGCAGGAGGAUGUGGAGGCUUUCAUUUCAACUUUCAGCUCUUCCAAAGGAGACAGCACAAUUGUUGAGGUGGCACACAACAUUGUACAGGCCAUUGGGUCAGCCAGAGACCAAGAGGUUGAAUUCACAUAUGAGCUACCAAGAGCAUCAGAAGAUAUACUGUCCAUCUUUGAAGAGCUACGCCCAAGCAAAGAGACAGAGAAAAAGGAAACUGAACCAUGCACAAAGAAAGAAAUCCAAGAAGCUAGCCCAACAACUGAUAUAUUUCUGGAAAAUCGAGACAAAUUGUUCCCAGAUGGAAUCCAUUCUGAUGAGAGCGACACGGAAGAUGGAAGCAGCUGGGAGACCAUGAGCCAUGAAGAGAUGCAAGGUUCAAGCCACUCACCAUAUGGAAGCGAACCUUCAGUCAACAAGAUCUUUGACAGAAUUUCAUGGACCAGUGGAAACGAUUCUGAGGGUGAGCAGAUCAACAAACUGUGUGAUGACUUGAGCAAUGUGUACCUGACAGACAUGAAACAGUCCAAGAAGAAAGAGUACGCCAUAUCAAAGCUGUGGAAGUCAUCUCCACUGAAAAACUGUGAACUCCGUACAAAAGAUGUUCCAGAGAUGAUAAAUGGGAGAUUAUCAAGUGCAAGUCUUCCAAAUGGUGUGUACUCUACUGCCAAAGGCUCAAAUCUAGAUAUGGGAGACAGCACCCCUAGCACAGCGCAAUGGAGCUCACCAGACUCGAUGAACAGCCAGCUCAACCGGGGUUUCAGAGGCUGCAUGGAGAUGGUUCAGAGGCAGAGCCUGAAGGCAAAGCUCCUAGAAGCUCGGAUGGAGAGCCAGAAGAUUCAGCUCCGUCAUGUGCUCAACCAGAAAACCUAA